AUGUCUCAUAGAUCGGGUGGUCGUAGAAAAAAUGUAAAAAAGGGAUUUCAGUUUACCCUCAUGGUAGUUGGAGCUUCGGGAACAGGCCGUUCCACUUUCGUCAAUACCCUCUGUGGUAGUGAAGUUUUGACCAAAAAAUUGUGUGAUACCCCCGAAACUGCACAUGUAGAAGCGGGUAUUCGAAUCAAACCGGUUACAGUUGAAUUGGAUGAAGAUGGUGCCAGAAUUGCUUUGACAAUUGUGGAUACUCCUGGAUUCGGGGAUAAUAUAGAUAAUGAAUUUUGUUUUCAGGAAAUUAUGGGCUAUCUAGAGAGACAAUAUGAUGAUAUUUUGGCGGAAGAGUCGAGGAUUAAGCGUAAUCCUCGAUUUCGUGAUAAUCGAGUUCACGCACUUCUUUACUUCAUUACGCCAACGGGUCAUUCGUAUGA